CGGCCGCCGGCGCUUGUUGUUCGGCGCGGCCGCAGUCGGCUGGCAGCCCCGGGGCGCCGGCCCUGCCGGUCCGCGCGGCCAUGGAGCUGGAGGUGCCGGACGAGGCGGAGAGCGCCGAGGCGGGGGCCGUGCCCGCGGAGGCGGCCUGGGCGGCGGAGAGCGGGGCGGGGGCAGGUUUGGCCCAGAAGAAGACGGCCCCGACGGAGGCCCCACUGAUGACCGGACAGCCAGGCCCCGGCCAUGGGAAGAAGCUGGGCCACCGGGGUGUGGACGCAUCCGGCGAGACCACCUAUAAGAAGACCACGUCUUCCACCCUGAAGGGGGCCAUCCAGCUGGGCAUCGGCUACACCGUGGGCAACCUGAGCUCCAAGCCGGAACGCGACGUGCUCAUGCAGGAUUUCUACGUGGUGGAGAGCAUCUUCUUCCCCAGUGAAGGCAGCAACCUCACGCCUGCCCACCACUUCCAGGACUUCAGGUUCAAGACCUACGCGCCCGUCGCCUUCCGCUACUUCCGCGAGCUCUUCGGGAUCCGGCCGGACGACUAUCUGUACUCGCUGUGCAACGAGCCCCUGAUCGAGCUGUCCAACCCCGGCGCCAGCGGCUCGCUCUUCUAUGUCACGAGCGACGACGAGUUCAUCAUCAAGACGGUGAUGCACAAGGAGGCCGAGUUCCUGCAGAAGCUGCUGCCCGGCUACUACAUGAACCUCAACCAGAACCCGCGGACGCUGCUGCCCAAGUUCUACGGGCUGUACUGCGUGCAGUCGGGCGGCAAGAACAUCCGCGUGGUGGUCAUGAACAACGUGCUGCCGCGCGUCGUCAAGAUGCACCUCAAGUUCGACCUCAAGGGCUCCACCUACAAGCGGCGCGCCAGCAAGAAGGAGAAGGAGAAGAGCAUCCCCACCUACAAGGACCUGGACUUCAUCCAGGACAUGCCCGAGGGGCUGCUGCUCGACGCCGACACCUUCUCCGCGCUCGUCAAGACGCUGCAGCGCGACUGCCUGGUGCUGGAGAGCUUCAAGAUCAUGGACUACAGCCUGCUGCUCGGCGUGCACAACAUCGACCAGCAGGAGCGCGAGCGGCAGGCCGAGGGCGCGCGGAGCCCCGCCGACGGGAAGCGGCCGCUGGGCCAGAAGGCGCUCUACUCCACGGCCAUGGAGUCCAUCCAGGGCGGCGCGGCGCGCGGCGAGGCCAUCGAGGCCGACGACACGAUGGGCGGGAUCCCCGCUGUGAACGGCCGCGGGGAGCGUCUGCUGCUGCACAUUGGCAUCAUUGACAUCCUGCAGUCCUACAGGUUCAUCAAGAAGCUGGAGCACACCUGGAAGGCCCUCGUUCACGACGGGGACACCGUCUCCGUGCACCGGCCCAGCUUCUAUGCCGAGCGCUUCUUCAAGUUCAUGAGCAACACGGUCUUUCGGAAGAAUUCCUCCCUGAAGUCGUCGCCGUCCAGGAAGGGCCGCGGCGCCCUGCUGGCCGUCAAGCCCCCAGGGCCCACGGCAGCCUUCUCGGCCAGCCAGAUCCCCAGCGAGCGCGAGGACGCCCCAUACGACCUGCGGGGUGCCCGCAGCUACCCCACGCUGGAGGACGAAGGCCGGCCCGACCUCCUGCCCUGCACGCCGCCUUCUUUUGAGGAGGCCACCACCGCCUCCAUCGCCACGACCCUGUCGUCCACGUCCCUGUCCAUCCCGGAGCGGUCCCCCUCGGAGACGUCGGAGCAGCCUCGGUACAGGCGGCGCACACAGUCCUCGGGACAGGAUGGCCGACCCCAGGAGGAGGCGCACGCGGAGGAGGACCUGCAGCAGAUCACGGUGCAGGUGGAGCCCGCGUGCAGCGUGGAGAUCGUGGUCCCCAAGGAGGAGGAUGCGGGCGUGGAGGCUGGCCCAGCCUGCGCCUCUGCCGCUGUCGAAGCGGAGACGGCCAGCCAGGCCUCGGAGCCCGCCAGCCAGGCCUCGGAUGAGGAGGACGCGCCCGCCACGGACAUCUACUUCCCCACCGACGAGAGGAGCUGGGUGUACUCCCCGCUCCACUAUAGCGCCCCGGCCCGCCCGGCCUCCGACGGCGAGAGCGACACAUAACUUCCGUGCAGCCGCCCACCGGAGCCGAGCGCCCGCUGCUGCCCUGGCCGUUCAGAGGCGCCGCCCGCCCAGCCCUCGCCGCCCAGCCCCGCGGGACCUCGGCCGUCCGCGCCCUCCCCCGACGGCAGCCUGGCACUCCGCUGCAGGGCGACCGGGCGAGCGCCCCGGCUGGCAACUCCCUGCGCCUGUGAUACUGUGACCCCUGAGCUCCCGGUUCUAUUUAUUCUGGGCCCUUCCUCUCCGCACAGAUGCAGCACACGUGUGUUUUUUUUUCUAAAAAAGAAAAAAAAAGAAAAAACCAGCGGAAAAACGAGGAAUCCAUUCCACUGCACUUUUGGGUCUUCGCUGUGCUUGCAUGUCUCCCGCGAGGGAACGGGCCCGUCGGCAUGGGGACCUGCGCCUGGCGGCCUGGCUGCCCCGGCUGAGUCCGUGCUCCUACUCUCGGCCGGCCCGGCCGCCUCUCUCCGUCUUGGACAGAGCGCCUCGAAGGGAAGGGCCACCAAGUCCCCGCUGGUGCCAGGCCCACUGCGCGCGGCAGGCGCUCUCGCUCAGGCGUGCAGCCGGGCGCCGGACAUCCGUCCUUGGGGAUAGCUGACCAGUGGCCUGAGGACAGCCCUCCACCCUUCCCGCCACCCUCGCCUCCCACGUGACCUGUGAGCACGGAUCCCAGGAGGCGACUGGAAUCGCCAGGUGGACGCCCGGCCGCCCCCUCUCGGUGGAGCUGGAGGCUGUGGACUUCUCUCUCCUGCCAGCGUGGCCCGCUCGGGAUCCAGAAGACAGGGCCCAAGGGACGGAGGUGGCGGCUGGCCCUCAGCUCGGGACACGUGGCUUCCAGAGCACUUGUGUCCUGGAGCCUGACCCCCUCGGCCAGGCCACCCGGCCCCAAGGGCCAGAUCCCUCACCAGUAGGCGCUUGCCCCAGGACCAGGUGGACGUCCUCUCUUUAUUAAGCGAUGGCAAUGCCUAUGCUGAUUGAAGGAUAGAAAAAGAAAUGCCUCAUGAAAACCUUUUUUUUUUUUGGUUUGGCAUCUUCAGCAAGGACAGCGCCACUGGGCCCAGAGACCCGCGGGGUGGCCACCAGGGGACCCCCCUGUGUCCCAAACAGCUCUGCAGAGCCUGCCGCCCCCAGGCCUUCCUGAGGGGUGACAUGUCGGGAUGGUGCUCCCUGCCCGCUUGGCGCACGUGGGAGGAGCUGGGAGCCGGCUCGGAGCGGAAGCCGCACCUUCUGGAAGAAUUUCUCCCCAGCCCUCGUCUCCCUGAUGGAGCCUGAGACAGCUGGAGGAGCCGCUGAGCCAGGAAUUCGAUUUCUCGAGUGCGUUGCAGGCUCUGCCACUCCGUCCUGCCGUGUGGGUCCCUCCUCAUUUCCCCUCGUGCAGCCGGCUCCGUGCGCCCGGAGGGAACCUGGUGGCCUGGCUGUGCCCAGGACCCUCCCCGUGCUGUCGGCAGGGGCGGCACCCCGGCGCUGAGCGGGGCCCUGGGGACCCUCAGGGGACCCAUCAAAGCAAGCCUGCAGGUGUCCCGGCUGGAAACAAAGCGACAUCCUCUCCCUCCUGCCUGGGGAGCCUUUGUCCAGACCAGGGGCGUCCUGCCUGGAUUUCAGACAGCGCCAGGCCACAUGCCAUGCAUCGCCAGUCCAUCCCUGUCCCGCUGCCCACUGACAGGGAGCCAGGCUAAGCGGGCAGAGGUCUGAAGGCACAUGAAUCUGGCGGACUAACGGGGAUGGCUGUGUCACCACAAGCUGACAUUGGAGUCCCCACCCAGGGGCCGGGCGCCCGAGACAUUGUGAGCCCGUGGGGAUGACCGGAGCAGCGGGCACAGUCCGGAGCGGAAGGCCCUGCGUCCAGGGCGUGCUCAGCCACCCAGAGCUCGAGGAGCGAGGAGGGGAGCCGCCCUGUGGCCAUCAGGCCCGCCGUCCGUGCCGGGCCCCUCGGGCUUUCCCGAGCAAAUCACAGAACUAGCCCGAACUAGCGCGCCGGCCGGAUGCUGGCUUGUGGGAGAGCCUCGCAGACCUCCUGGAGGUCGUGACGUUCCUCUUUCUGUGUUAAGUCACGAGGAGGCCGUUGGAGACCUGUUUGUGUUGGCUGCAUCCCUCGUCCCCUUUCAGAAAAUUGUUACGCGGAUGCUCAGCUGUCCGCAGGCUGUGCCAACCGGGGGCGCUGGCCUGGUCUUCUGGGGUGGGAGCGGGAAGGCAAGACCCUAUUUAUAAUGUGUAGUGAACUCCUGGCCUUCCGCAGACCCCCGGCGGGGAUGGCCCUGGACCCACCCAGCUGUCACCCCCCCCACUGGACACCCCAUUCCCUCCUGGCUCGUCCCCCAUGGCUGCUGUUGCGGGGCAGCUGGGCAGCGUCUGACCGCUGUACCGCGAAGACAGGAGGCGUUUUCUGAGACUGACAAAGUGGAACCUUCCGUUGUCCCCUGCCAGCCUGUGUCCUCUGCCUCCUCUCGUCCCCGUCUCUCCACCACCUGGCUCAGUGCAAUACUCCCGUCCCCCGGGGGGCGGGGGGCGGUCCCUUGCCGUGGUCCUGUCGCCACAGCCCCUUGGUCCCCACCCAGAAUGAAUGAGCGCCCUCUGGUGGUCCAGUUGCAUCGCCUGUCCCCCAUCCCCCAUCCCCCCCCACCCUCCAAUCUCGUUUUUAUGGCCGAACUGAUUUCGAAACACAACAAAACCUUCAAACCUUGUGUGUCUUAAUUCUCACCGGGGGUCCGUGUGCUCAGCCCCCGUGGUCUGGUGUGUGACAAUCGGGAGCGCGGCCUCCUCGGGCACAGGAUGCCGUCUCGCUCAAACCCAGAGCCCUGGGCCCCUCUGUAACCAUGCAGCCUCUGCUGGCCCCGAGUAACACUCGUAUGCAGCCCCGGACCCCAUCCCCGCCGCCCCUCCCUGUUUUUACGUUCAAGAGAUCUCUAAUAAACCGGAUAAUAAGCAUCA